CGAUAAAACCGUUAACUUCAGCGUGAACUCCAUCUUUUACCCGUUGCAUGCAGCAGAGACAGCCGGUCUGCAGCAGCAUCGACUUUAGUCAAUGGACAACCGAGAACUAUGAAAUCGCGUUAAACACGACUUUUAGGAAUAACAAGCUCAACCGCGCUUCUCCGUGACUCUUAUAUAUUUUUAAAGGACACUUCUUGCUAGUAUUCAGUAUUUUAGCCGGACUGUAUUUGUGAAGAUGUCAGUGGUGGGAUUUGAUGUGGGCUUCCAGAGCUGUUAUGUUGCUGUGGCUCGGGCCGGUGGAAUAGAGACCGUAGCGAACGAAUACAGCGACCGAUGUACACCGUCAUUUGUGUCAUUCGGUCCUCGUAAUCGAUCGAUAGGGGCAGCCGCCAAAAGCCAGGUGGUCACAAACUGCAAGAACACUGUGCAGGGUUUUAAGCGAUUCCAUGGCAGGGCGUUCAGCGACCUGUACGUUCAGGCGGAAAAGUCCAGCCUGGUCUUUGAUCUCGCUCAGAUGCCAACUGGAACCACUGGUAUUAAGGUCAUGUAUAUGGAGGAGGAGAAGGUGUUCAGCAUUGAGCAGGUCACUGCCAUGCUGCUGACCAAACUGAAGGAGACCGCUGAAGCUGCGCUCAAAAAACCUGUGGCAGACUGCGUCAUCUCUGUUCCCAGCUUCUUUACUGAUGCCGAGAGAAGAUCAGUCAUGGAUGCUGCACAGAUCGCAGGCCUUAACUGCCUCAGACUCAUGAAUGACACUACAGCAGUUGCACUGGCGUAUGGGAUCUACAAACAGGACCUGCCUGCUCCUGAGGAGAAGCCCAGGAUUGUGGUGUUCGUGGAUGUUGGUCACGCUGGUUAUCAGGUCUCUGUGUGUGCCUUUAACAAGGGCAAGUUGAAGGUUCUGGGUUCUGCGUUUGACCCUGAGCUGGGCGGUAAAGACUUCGAUGAGGUGCUGGUCAAGUUCUUCUGUGAGGAGUUUGCACAGAAGUACAAGCUAGACGUGCGAUCGAAGCCCCGCGCUCUGGUGCGGCUCUACCAGGAGUGCGAGAAACUGAAGAAACUCAUGAGUGCCAACUCCUCGGACUUGCCGCUCAACAUCGAAUGCUUCAUGAAUGACAUCGACGUCUCAGGCACGCUCAACAGAGCCAAGUUUGAGGAGUUCUGUGCAGAGCUGCUGGCUAAGGUGGAGGCUCCGCUGCGCAGCAUCAUGGAACAGACCAGACUGAAGAAAGACGACAUCUAUGCAGUGGAGAUCAUGGGCGGCGCCUCCAGGAUUCCAGCCAUCAAAGAGAGAAUCAGCAAAUUCUUCGGAAAGGAGCUGAGCACGACGUUGAACGCGGACGAGGCUGUGGCCAGAGGAUGUGCACUGCAGUGUGCAAUCCUGUCGCCCGCCUUCAAAGUGCGUGAGUUCUCCAUUACAGAAGUGGUUCCCUACCCCAUCUCUCUGAAGUGGACCUCAGCGGCUGACGAAGGCAUCAGUGAUUGUGAAGUUUUCCCGAAGAACCAUGCCGCACCCUUCUCUAAAGUGUUGACUUUCUACCGGAGGGAGCCUUUCUCUUUGGAGGCCUACUACAACAAUCCCAAAGAGCUGCCGUAUCCUGAUCCUACCAUGGGCCAGUUUAACAUCCAGAAGGUGGUGCCUCAGCCAUCCGGCGAGAGCUCCAAGGUGAAGGUGAAGGUUCGUGUGAAUGUGCACGGGGUCUUCAGUGUGUCCAGCGCCUCCCUGGUGGAGGUUGUGAAGUCUGCAGAGGGAGAGGAACCCAUGGAGACAGACACUCCAGCCAAAGAGGAUGAGAACAAGAUGCAAGUGGAUCAAGAAGUACAGAAGGCUCAAGGUGAUGAUCAGAAAGAACAUGCAGACAAGAAAUCAGACACUGAAGACAUGGAGGCUUCAGAAGACAACAAACAGGAGGAGAAGAAGAAUGAACCUCCACAAGCCAAGAAAGCCAAAGUGAAGACAAAGACGGUGGAUCUGCCCAUCGAGAACAGCCUGCACUGGCAGCUGGCCAGUGAAACGCUCAAUCUGCUCGUGGAGAAUGAGAUAUUCUUUAUCAAAGUUAAGACUCUGCCACGCCCCCCUAAAACGGCUCGUUCUAACACGCCCCCUAUUUGCUUUCAUUCAUAAAGAUAGCUAUGCUUCUAAGCGAUGGUUUUUAUUAAGCAAUGUCUUUCGAUGCAGGACCGAGAUUCUUUCUCCUUGAAACUGGAGGACACUGAAAACUGGUUGUAUGAAGAAGGAGAGGACCAGCAGAAGCAAGUGUACAUCGAUAAACUGGCUGAGUUGAAGAAACUGGGAGAGCCGAUUCAAAACCGACUCAUGGAGGCAGAGGAGCGGCCAAAAGCUUUGGAUGAGCUCGGAAGGCAAAUCCAGCAGUACAUGAAGGUCGUCGAGGCUUAUAAGGCCAAGGAUGAGCUGUAUGAUCAUUUGGAUGAGCUGGAGGUGAUGAAGGUGGAGAAGCAGGUGAAUGAAACCAUGACCUGGAUGAACAACAAAAUGAAUCUGCAGAGCAAACAGAGUCUCAGUCAGGACCCUGUGGUUAAAGCCCAAGAGAUUCAGGCCAAAACAAAGGAGCUGUAUUCUGCUUGCAAUCACGUCGUCACCAAACCCAAGCCCAAAGUGGAGCCUCCCAAGGAGGAGACUCCGGCCGAACAGAACGGCCCAGUGAACGGACAGGAGGGUUCAGAGGCCCAAGCGGGCAACCCAGAGAAGGGCCAAGCCGCCCCAGAAAACACAGAGGCCAAGCUUCCCGAAAUGGACAUCGACUAAGUUCGUUCGGCUCUCUUCUGCGUCCGCACCAGUCUCUCUCACACCUCUUAUAUGCUUCCGAGUUUGGAUUCAGAAAAAAUAAAAAACUAAAGAAAACAUUGAUUUUGGGGAAGUAGGCUGCCCAGUUCAGUUCUCUUGCUGUCGGUGGCAUCUAUCUUCCUUCCUUCCUUCCUUCCUUCCUU